UUUCAAAACUAAGAAGUUCAACAAAAGCAAACCCACGGAAGAAGUUUAGUUCUGUAUUGAAUUCCCUGCUACCACAAAAAUGAAUAGCAACGGCAAAGGAUCACAGCCUAAUUACCCCAUUAUCACCCCUCCGACUGAAGACCAUACCAACACUUUUCAUCAACCAAGUGCUCGAGAAACACAGCCGCGGAUGGAACAUGCAGCGGCGGCGGAGGCGGCACCAGCGUCGUCAUCCCCUCCCCCUCCUCCAGAACCGGCUGAUCAGAAUUCUGGGAAAUGGGGGACUCAUAUCAUGGGAGCACCAGCCGUUCCCACACGUCAUCCAGAUAACAAGAAGGCAGCCAUGUGGGGCGAUGGUAACCAUAAUCCAUAUCUCCAAUACUCCCCCAUAGAAAAAUCAAGCAACAGCCCCAUGGAAUCCAUGCUUCAACUCUUCAACACCUGGAGCCAUAAAGCCGAGACCAUGGCCAAUAAUAUUUGGCACAACCUUGGAACCGGGUCAUCUGUACCGGAAGCUGCUUGGGGGAAGAUGAACGUGACGGCGAAAGCCAUAUCAGGAGGCGGUUUCGAGUCUCUUUACAGGCAAACUUUCGCUACUGAUUCAAACGAGAAGCUGAAGAAAUCAUUCGCGUGCUAUCUGUCCACUUCGACUGGACCAGUUGCCGGAACGCUUUACGUAUCCAAUAUCCAUGUAGCUUUCUGCAGCGAUCGUCCCUUGUCUUUCACAGCACCUUCAGGACAGGAAACGUGGAGUUAUUACAAGGUUAUGAUACCUCUGAGCAAAGUUGGGACAGUAAACCCUGUAAAAAUGAGGGAGAAUCCGUCGGAGAAAUAUGUCCAGGUGGUUACGGUGGACGGACAUGAUUUCUGGUACAUGGGAUUUGUGAAUUAUGAGAAAGCGUGCAAGCAUCUGUCUGAGAGUGUUUCCAGUUUCGUAGCUGUUCCACCUCCAUCUGUUGCUUAAACAGAGGAUUGUAAACUACUUGCAGGAUUUUUUUUUUCGUUUGGAGAUUUUUAUAAUCUGGUUCCGAUGUGUUGGAUUUGCUUGAUCUAUUGUACCAGUUUUUUUUGGUAAAAAUAAAAAUGAAACAUCUAUCGUUCUUGUCA